GAUUUUUACAUACACACACACACACACAUAUAUAGUUUACCGUUCCAAUAUAGGUAUGAUCAACAAAAAUGUACUCCAUCCGCUCCCACUGCAAAUGAAUCCACAAAUACCUUCAGCCCCAGCGUAUUCGCAGAUUCCUCAACAAGAAAACAGUGUACAGGCAGCACCAUAUAGCACACCAGUUCCUCCAUAUCCUAAUGAACCACCCCCUAAUUAUGAACCGCCCAAAGGAUAUUAUGCGCCAUUCCCUAAUCAGCCCAGAGCGCAAGGACCAUACCAACCACCAAUAUACCCAGGUGGAAGCACUUCAUACCAACAUGGACCAAAUAUUACACCUCAGCCAGUCAUUGUUGUUCAAGAGAUGGGAUUCGGCCCAGAAUCAAAAGAAAUGGUGUGCCCCUAUUGUCAAGCUUACGUCAGAACCGCAACAGAAUACCAAACCGGAGCUUUGACAUGGCUGGUCUCUGGACUUCUUUGCUUAUUUGGUUGCUGGAGCGGAUGCUGUUUGAUUCCUUUUUGUAUUGGAGAUAUGCAAGAUGUGAUCCACCAUUGUCCAAAUUGUAACCAAGUUGUAGGGACUUAUCAACGCCUGAGUUAGAUUCUCUACUGCUUGCACUGCAAGUCAGAUCCAUAUAAGCAGAGUAUUUUGUUUUUUCUUCCCCAUAUAUAUAUACAUAUAUAUGUAUUUCAAAUAUAUGUUAGUAAAGAUGUACAUGCAAAACUUGCAGUUUAAUUUUUGUGUCAAUUAAUAGUAAAAGGUAAAUGUAUGUUUUAAAAUAGAAAGUUUCUGGGAAAUCUAAUAUAAAAACUUGAAAAGAAAGCAUAAAAAUUUACUAGAAAAUAAUUAUAUAAAUAAAACAAUUAGAACAAAAACGAA